GCUUUCGUCUGUUGACGACAGUGUCAAUGUUGUGGCAGGCAACACCAUUUAAGGUGAAUCAGGCGGACUGAGUUGUUUAUGGCCGCCACAGACAAGACCUGCGAAAGAAAAAAAAAUCCCUUGAAGUUUGCAGCAGAAUAUGGGCAAGCAACCGAUUGUUACUGGCAUCAGACAAUGAAGGACAUCUUCCAUCUCCUCUUUGGCUGCCUCCUGCUGGCUGGAUCUCUGGAUGGCGUGUCCUCAGCUGCCCCGACCUUUAGCUCAGUACCACAGCCAGUGGUGGCGCUGAAGGAAACAGAAACUCAGAUACAGGAUCUGCUGACAGUGACCUGUACUGGCGAUAUACCUCUCGUCGUGUCGCUGGACUCAACGGUGCCGUCAUCGCCAUGCGGCACGUGCUUUCAGGUCUACCCCAGGUGUGGUGGAGGUACCGGGUACUGUCUGAGAUACUUGCCUGGUCAGGGCACCCUGAAAUUCUCUCAGGUCAGCAACUACGUCAUCACACUUUCCUGUAAAGACAUCAACAGCUUGAGUGCUACCACCACAGUGAACGUUAGGAUUGAACCCAACACCCCUCCAUACCCGCUUCAAGCGACAAAGAGUUACACACUGGCUAACGCAAAGAACGCGGCCAUCGGAACCUCCGUCACCAGCGCCUCCUGCAACGACGACGACACCGACGCGCUGUCCUACUCCAUGACAUCCAGUCCAUCCACAUCAGUCUUUACGGUCGGAUCAGCCGACGGGAUCAUUCGCACGUCUGGUAAUCUUGCCGCAGAGUGUCGCUCCCAGUUUGAUUUGACCGUUAUCUGCACAGACAACAUUAACAGCGUCGUUGGAACUUCGAGAGUUUGGGUGACGUUGAGCGGCGGCAACGACAGACCUGCCAUCAGCGGCAUCAACUACUCGCUGAACGUCAGGGAGGACAAGGCCGUGGGGAGCUCAUUGGCCUCCUUCACCGUCACCGACAGCGACCAGACCUCCUGCACAUUGGCGGCAAACCCAACUACCUCCCUCCAGUACUUCACCCUCAGCACGUCCAACGUCAUCACCGUUGGGUCAGCGCUGGACUACGAGCAGAGCUUGACCCGCAACACUAACCUCACGGUGACCUGCAGUGAUGGCUACUGCACGUCAUACGCCGGUUACCUCUACGUCAUCGUCACGGACGUUAACGAACCCAUCACGUUGUACCCGCGAGACUUCACGCUCAGUACAUACGAAGGAAAGAUUUCUCUGGAUCCCGGCUGGACGCCAAUCGACCCUGACGAAAACGACUACCCUACCUACACCAUUGUCGGCGGCAACAGCAAGAGCCGCUUUGCCAUCAACCCAACGACCGGUCUGAUCACCUCAACACUGGACUACGACAUCGACCAGGGCGCCAUGCCGUCAACCGACACCAUCAUCGUGCAGGUGAAGGAUGUGGCAGGUCACACGAGCACCACCACAGUGACAUUGACCAUCCUCGAUCUCAACGACAACGCCCCAAUCUUCAAUCAGCAGACACAGGAAAUCACCAUCACGGACUGCACUACAUCUCUCGGCGUCAUCGGCACCGUCACCGCCACCGACAAAGACUCCAGUUUUCAGGGCAACAACAUCAUCACCUACAGCGGCACCAACGGGCCCAUCACCAUCGGCUCCAGCGGCAGCAUCAUCGCCAACACGGGUAUAGUGGGCGGUCACUCCUACACCGUGUCCGCGGUCGCCAAAGACGCUGGCCUGGUCCCCGGCCCCCUGUCCUCCACAUCCGCCGCCAUCACCGUUAUCGUCACGCCUUGCCCCACUACCACAACGUCAACAACAACAACGACUACCAAGGCGCCCACUACAACGACUUCAACAACAACAACGACCGCGACCAUCUCGUUGACCAACAGCAAGACGUCGGUGACGGACAACCUCGGGUGGAUCAUCAUGGCGGCCCUGUUGGGGACUGUCCUGCUGGCUCUGGCGGCCUUCAUGGUGUGGCGCUACUGCGGCCACCUCGCCGCCUCCUCCUCCUCCUCCGGCGCCACGAGGGCUGUCUGGAGCGACUGUGCAAGCGCCGCGAGCCGCCACCCAAAAUUCGAGAAGUCCAGCCUGUGAGGGGGCAACCACCACUCAGUGGCAACCAAGGCUUUUGGCAGGAACGUUACCCAGACGACGACUACGUAGACCAGCCAAUCCGUGACAGGACUCCAACUCCUGCACCAAUCGAAGGCGAUGGACCUCUAGCCUUGACCCAGCAGCC